GCGAGCGCUCGGAUCGCGCGGGCGGCGUUCUAUACUGGCCGCGCGGCCGGCAUCAUAUCCGAACGAACGAACUGUCCCACUCGUGUGCCGUGUUUACGAAACACUAUCCUGUUACAACCCUAUUAAGAUUAAAAAAAUAUAUUAAUAGCCUAAUUGAAGAAUUCAAGCCUUUUUGGAUAAAAUUUGUGCUGUGCUGUCGGAGUUUGGAAUUCUUGGAAUUUUUUUUUAUCGAAAUACAGUUUUUUGGAACGAGCGCCAAUCGUGUUUGUAUGGACUGUUGACUGCAUCAGAAAUCAAAGAAAAUGGCUGAAAACGGGUACGGCCCAGCCGCUGGACACAUCGGCAGAAUUCCCAACUUCGGAAGAACUCAAGUCAACCCAAUGGGCAACGUCGAGCCACCAGCAUGUAUUCAAAAUGCCAUGAUGACGAAAGACAAGAAGCCCUUCACAUACACACCAGGCGGUCUUGACUUGUCACAAAUACGAACUCCAAGCAUGGCGCGAAGAAUGGCAAGACAGAGGUCUUUAGAAGAACAGGAACAGCAAUACGGUCAACAGCCUAUGAAUGGCGGUUAUCACCCACAAGGAGGGCCAGCUCCUCCACCACCACCACCCAUGAAAAUGCCAGUCCCUCCCCCUCCCCCACCACCAAUAGUUAUCCAAGCUCCGAACUCAAAAUCCCCGAAACCCAUUGUACCCGGUGAACGACCCGAAAUUGUUAUCCCAGAAAACCCCAUUGGAAUGUUACGAAAAACGAACAGUCCUUACCACUGGGAGGCUGAGAAGGCAGAGCUUCAGAAAAUAGGAAAUACGCCUAAGUAUGUAGAGAAAGUCCCCAGUCCCUUGACGGUGAAAAUGCCGCCUACGUCAUUCACUCAGCAACAACCUCAAACUUACACGCCACCCUCACAGAAUAAUUUCCAACGUUCCCCGUACGGCAAUCAGCGUAACCCUGAAAGCCCUAUUUACAAGCCUGAAGCUCAGUAUGCACACCAGCAUUCUGCUUCCCCACAAGGGUCACCACCAACGAGGGAAAUUUUGCAACGGCAGGACUCUCAAUUCAACAAGAGUCCUCAGCCAUUCGCGGGCAUGCCUUCUUCAAACAGCUCCCCGUACUCACCGAGUCCCAACAACAACUGGCGACAACCAGAGAAACGGGACUCUCCUGCCAACAACAGCCCACAAUCUGCACAUUCGAACCGUGGACCAUUUUCACCCAAUGUCCAGCAAUACUCCCCCAACAACCAGCAGUAUUCACCUAACAAUCAGUAUUCCCAAAAUCAACAACACCAAAGCCCACCAACCAACUCCGGUCCUGUAUUCCAUACCUUACCCAGGGUUGGACAGAGAAAUGCUGAUGCACAGAACAAUAAUGUAAUGUACAACAAUACCAAGCCCAGUCCUCCUACAGAGCCUAACGCUGCACCUUGGAGGUCAGCGACUCUAAACAGACAUCCUAGGGAGCAAGAGAAUCAGCAACCAAUUUAUAAUAAUACCAACUCAAACCAAGAACAGUACGUUCCACCAUGGAAAGUUAACCAAAACAAUAAUACAGCAGUAAAUAAUGAAAAUUCUUACGUUCCUCCGUGGAAACAAGAAAAUAAACAACAACAACAGCAGCAAUAUGUUCCUCCAUGGGUUAAUUCCCAGGACUCCAAUAACAACCGCGUGCAAGAGAAUCAAAACCAUUCUGCACCAUGGAGAACUCAUGAAGCACCUUCGUCACCACCCAAGCCCCAACAACAGGAGCAACCACGUUACCAAUCGACGAUGUCCAUUCCUGUGACACCCAGGAAACAAAACCAGCAACCUGAAUACAAUAACGCUCCACAAAAAGAAGUUGUGUAUGUAAAUGAGGAGCCCGUAUACUUCUGUCCCGACAGUCCAAAAUCUAUUCCUCCAUGGGUGAAAACCCAGAAGGAAAAGACCAAGACUCCCCCACCUACCUGGGUUCAGAGACCGUUAGAAGGUAGGAAAAGCCUUACACGGGAGCUGAACACACCACCUCGUGAAACGAACCAAGAACCUGAAUGGGUGAGGAAGAGUAACGAAAUGCAGAGAGGAGCACGCGAAGUCAUCAGCCCUCCUAAAUACCAACAGCCUGUACAGCCAUCAUGGUCGACUCGUCCUUCAGAAAACCGUAAAAGCUUACCUAGAGACAAUGGUCCGGGAUCUCCAGGAGCAAGGGUCAUUCCUAUCCAAAUGGAAGUUUCCACAACAGAAACUAGAGAUUCAAGGCAAGGAGGUCACCCACAGCCUGGCCUGAGGAUUACAAUUGGUAUGAAUCAGAAUCCUGAAGCUCGUGCGCCGUUCUCGCCACCAACUCAACGUAUCAUGAGAGUGUUGUCACCUCAGCUGGUGAGGUUAGAAGACUCUAACCAGCAACCUGACCUGCCGACCUUGAAUAGGACUUUCCAAGACAGUCAACCAAAGACGAGGAUAAUCCCGAUUCAGAUUGAGGGUGGAAAUGGAGGGGCGAACAAAAGUGUAUACUACCACAAAUUCACGCAAGAGGGCCCCCCGAGACAAUCGAAGGCGUUCCGGGUUUUACAGAUUAUAACAGGCACCGAGGAUCUGGACAACAUACAAGUGAUCGAAAAACAUCACGGAUUCACCGAUUUAUAAUCAUUAUUAUAUGUAAAUAUAUAUAUUUUAUUAAUUAAUUUAUAAUAUAUUUGUUGUAAGUCAAAGUAAUAAAAAAAUAAUAAGGCAAUCCACGCGAGUAUAGUUAGAUUAUAAUUGUAUGUAUUACAAAAUGUAUAGUGUUGUAAACAUUGUAUACAUAGAAUAGUUAUUUAAUAACUUUCUACAUAUUUGAUAAAUCUAAAUUAAUAUGUAAUUCACGUACUAAAAUAUUAUUUGAGUAUAAAUAAGGUUUCCUUUUUAUAUAACCAAAAACUAACUUUCCUAUAAUCGUUAUGUUUUAGAAUAAAUUGUACAAUAAAAUUAGCGUUCGGAUUUAUAAAUGGUUUAUUAUUAAACAUAAAAGCGCGAUGUACUCUGCAUAUUUUUGAAAAUAAUGAAGAAGUACAGAAUUAUAAGUAAUUGUAUAUUAUAUAAUAAUUAAUAUAAACGAGAAAUAUACUUUGUGUAUAUAAAUCGAAUAAUAACGGCGAACCGAAAUAAUAAUAAUAAUGCUUUUAUUUCGGAAUUUUACUAAUGCUCACGGACACAGCUAGCUUACCAAAGAAUUUGUAGAUGUAAUUAAUAAAUUAUUCUUAGAAAUAGCGGAAUAAUGUUAAAAAUAUAGUGUUGGCAUAAUACUUAUAAUAAAAUAGGCAUAAGUAGGUAUUCUAAUAUGUACUUAUUAAUAAGUAAUAAUUAUUUUAAUAAGUUACCAAACCUAUUUAUAUUUAACUUACAUUUCUUAAAUUAUGAAUGCAUGUUUCUCGUGACUAAUUUCCUUUUAUAUAUUUAUUUAUUAUGUAUACAUUUAUUUUGCUUUUAUUUAUAUAUAUUCGAUAUUUAUUACAUAUUUACCUUGCAAAUUAAUUCGUAGUCCCUACUAACUCCUAUAUAAUUUAUAUAUUUAUUUUAAUGAUGAUUAUAUAUUUUGUUUUGGAACGGAUUAACGAAGUUAUGAGUACUAACUUACUUAAAAAAUGAUGAUUCGUAUUUUCAUAACGAUGUUGGCAUUUCCGAAGUUCCCAAAAAAUAAACGUUUUUUGUAUUGUGAUUAACAAAAAAUUAUUGUUAAGAACUAUAGUGAUGUUACUGGUUGUAUAACGAUUUUACUUCGCACGUACUAACUUCAUGUCGGUAUCAAUGUAUCUAUGACACGUACAUACGCAAAAAUGAAUCCUACGAUUAUGUCAAGAGCAAAAUAUAAUUUCUAAAAUUAUGUUUAUGUAUUUAAGAAUACAUGAGGAGAUAAAAAAAAAUUAUAAAAUGGUAACUUAUAAUUAUCAUCAUCAUCAUCAUCAUCUCAGCCAUAGGACGUCCACUGCUGAACAUAGGCCUUAUAAUUAUAAUGAAGUUUAAUUGUUAUAAUAAUCAGUUAUAAUCACUAUUAAGUUCUAAACAAAAUAUUGAAAACAGACGAGGGGUGUGGCAAUCUAGUCAGUGUGAUCUUUCUUAAGUAUAUUACGUAUACUAUUAUACGCCUAGGUAUUAUAAAAUUUAUUUUAUAUUAAAAUUAUUAUAGAUUUUAUAUUUUGCUUAAUCCUAUUACAAUAUGAUAAAGUAUGUAAGUAUAAUUUAAUUUUAUAAUAAAAGUUAUAAAAUUG